AUGUUUUUUGGGACAAAUCGAGAUGAAGGAGUACCUGGGUUAACAGAUAAGAAGAGGAAGAAUAAAGAGUUUAAGGAUGCCAAGAAGAAGGACGGGAACGCCCCGCCUGCAGAUCGAAUACCUAUGCCUCCUUUACCAGAAAGUGUACUAAACGAAAGAAGAAUUCAGGCCAAAGAAAUCGGGAAGAGGGUAGGUAUGCAUUUACGAUGAAUCAGUCUUUCUUUAGGUGAAAAUUAGCGCAGAAAAUCCGCCUUCCGUGUGCCUGUAUACGAUUUUGAAUGCCCCUGGGGGUGUAUGCUCAGCAGCUUUGACUGAGAAUUGUGAGAUGGUUUCUAUUGGCUAUGGGAACUCCGUGAUUCAAGUACAUUCUCUCAACCAGAAAGGUCUCCCACUUCUGAAAUCUUCUUCCGAAUUGGAGCAAAUUGAUAUUGAUGCAGACGCCGAGAUGAAUGACGAAAUCUAUGACCACUCAAUAAAGGAAGAUAUCGUCGAAUUUACGGUAGGUAAGUUUGAUGCUGAAUUAUUCUACUUUUAGGGACAUCUGGGGCCGGUAUACUCGUUGAGCUACUCACCCGACCGUCGUUUAUUGCUCAGUGGAUCGAGAGAUGAAACUGUCAGAUUAUGGAGUAUUGAGAUGCGACGAAAUCUUCUCGUUUAUCGCAUGGACUCGCCAGUUCUUAGCUCUGUGUUUUGUUCACGAGGAUAUUAUUUUGCUGCAAGUACGGCCUCCAAAUUAGUAUCCUUAUACUCAUCGGAAAGGAUUCAUCCAUUAAGAUUAUUCUCGUCGGCCCAGGAAGAUGUGACGGGUCUCGACUUCCAUCCAAAUUGUAAUUAUAUUGUUGGCGGCAGUGAUGAUCACGAGGUUUACGUCUGGGAUGUACUGAACGCCAAUUGUGUUAGGAAAUUCACGGGCCACAAAGCCCCUGUACAUACUGUAAAGGUCGGUGGAUAUUUCUUUAAGUUCAGUGCCUUGAGAGAUAUUUCAAUAUCAUCUUUCAGGUAUCUCCAGAUGGCCGUUUUGUAUUGUCAGCCAGUACUGAUGGAAUUCUAAAUAUAUGGGACUUGGCGCAACAGAAGUUGUUCUGCACGCAGGAAUGCUCUCCGAUGCCCUUCCAUGUCCCGAUUACAUUCUCUAAAGACGGCUCUGUCUUCGCAAUGGGAAGUCCCGAAUAUGCAGUCAGCUUCUACAACUUCGAUCAGCUCACGUCUUAUGGCUCCGAGUUGUUGACUGCCGAGCAACGAAUUAAUCCAGAAGGGUUCAAUUUAUUCUCCUACCCCACCAAAAGAACUUCUUUACUCGAUUUCUGUUUCUCUCGGAAGAACACGGUUGUCGGAGUUGGGGCGUUCGAAGUAUAA